AUGUCUGUUGCGUUAGCUUGUAGAAGGAUGAAAGGGAGUCAUACAGCUGAACAAGUGAACAAUAUUAUUUUAAUGAUUCAUGAUGAAUAUAAAAUAAAUAAUUUAACAAUAUUAGCUACAGUUACUGAUAAUGCAAGUAAUUUUUGUAAAGCUUUUCGAGAAUUUGGAAUAGAUAAAAGAAACUUAAGUGCGUCUGAAGAAGAUGGUUCAGAUGAAGACAUCGAAAAAGAUAUUUCUUGCAAAACAUCAGGAAUACUUAAAUGUCUACCAAAACAUACUCUCAACUUAUGUGCAACAACAGACAUCAAUAAAACUAUUAAACAAGACGCUGUUUUAAAUAAUAUUCAUGAUAGAGUUCUUGGAAAAUGCAAUAAAGUUUGGAAAGCACUUAAUCGACCAAAGGAAUCUGAAAUGCUACAGGAUUUACUAAAAUUAGUACCGUCUCGUCCAGUAGAGACUCGAUGGAAUUCUUUGUUCGACGCCUUCAUAGAUAUUCUCAAAAUUAAGGGAAACGGCGACAGAGCAUUCGAAAUUUUAGAAAUAAGACAUUGUCUUAUUGAGACUGAAUUUUUAUACAUUGAAAAAUUUGUAACUAUAACAACGCCUUUAGCUGAUUCACUUGAUAUCCUUCAAGGAGAAGUUAGCGCUAAGGGAGAAAUUGCGGCAAUUGAAAAGUAG